GCAUUACCCCCAUCACAUAUACUCACAAAAACAUUCGAAUUCAGAAACCACAAACAAUUUGGCACGUAAUUUCUGAGAAAGUUCAUCCUAAAAAAACUUCAUUAGUAUACAACCAAAAAACAGAGUAAGCUAAUUGGAGUUUGCCUGAAUUGCCACUUGCCCCCAUCAACACCUACGUGUGUCAUCUGCAUGCAUCCCCACUCUUUCUCUCUCCUCCCUCUCUUUCUCUCUCCUCCUACUUCUUUAAAUCUGCAGACAAAACCAGAGAAAUUACCAGAAGAUAUGAAGUCAUUUUCACUUUACAGUGUUUUUCUACUCUGCAGUUUUCUGUUAUUACUGAAUAAUAAUAACAAGUGUGUUUGUGUGGGGUUGAGUUUUCAUGAAGAUGGUGGUGUUAGUGGUGGAAGCACCGGCACAGUAGGGAGGCUUGUUAAGAAAGAAGACCGGUUGCCGGUUGUCGCCACCGAGUUCGGCCAGAUUUCCGCCGUCGAUGUCGAUGAUGGUUCGUCGGAAACGGGAAAGAGGAGGGGAAGGCAUUAUAAUAACUACCAUGUUCAGUUUAUUACAUUGGAGCCUAAUUCGCUUUUUCUUCCUGUUCUUUUGCAUGCUGAUAUGGUGUUCUAUGUUCAAACAGGAAGUGGGAAGUUAAGCUGGACAGAUAGCGAUGAACUAACCAAAGUAAGCUUGCAACGAGGGGACGUUUACAGACUCAAGUCAGGCACCCUUUUCUACGUUCAUAGCAGUUUAGAGCCUGAAAGGCCGAGACUCAGAAUCAUUGCUAUUUUUACCAAUCCAGAAGAAGAGCAACUACAGGGGCCGUUGAUUGGGCCGUAUUCUAGCAUCAAUGACCUCGUUCGAGGGUUUGAUAAGGACAUCCUUCAAGCAGCUUUCCAGGUACCUGAGGAAGUGGUAGAAGAACUAACAAGUGCAACAGAUACACCAGCAAUAGUACAUGCAGAGACCAAGAGAAAGAAUUUCUGGCAGCAACAGGAGAAACUGCUAAUCAAUGUUUACUUGGGAAUUCAGAGGUACGGAAAUCGUGUUGACGAGAACAAAAAGAAACACACUAAGACGUUCAAUUUCUUCAAGGAAGACCCGGAUUUUAAGAACUGCAACGGGUGGAGCACGGUGGUUACCAAGCAUGAUUUGCACGCGUUACAUGGUUCCCAAAUCGGUGUUUUCAUGGUGAACCUUACCAAGGGUUCGAUGAUGGGGCCACACUGGAACCCCACGGCCACGGAGGUGUCAAUAGUCUUGGAAGGAGAAGGAAUGGUUCGAGUGGUUUGUCCAAGUGCACUGACAAACAAAGAGUGCAAAAACUCGAGAUUCAGAGUCGAGGAAGGUGAUGUGUUCACUGUCCCAAGGUUCCAUCCAGUGGCACAAACAUCUUUCAACAAUGGCUCACUUGUUUUCAUGGGGUUCAGUACCACAACAAAAAAGAAUCAUCCUCAAUUUCUAGCAGGAAAGGCUUCAGUUUUACAGACACUAAGCAAACCCAUUUUAGGUGUAUCCUUUAAUGUGUCAAACACAACAAUUGACCAGUUGUUAGCUGCUCAAGAGGAAGCAAUCAUAUUGGACUGUACUUCUUGUGCUGAAGAACAAGAGGUGCGGAUGGAAGAUGAGAUCGAAAAGGAAAGGCAAGAAGAGGAAGAAAGGCGGAGAGAGGAAGAGGAAAAAAGGAAGAGAGAGGAAGAAGAAGAGCGAAAAAAGCGGGAAGAAGAGGAAGAGCAGAAAAGGCAAGAAGAAGAGGAAGAAAAAAGGAAGAAAGAGGAAGAGGAAGAAAGGAGAAGGAAAGAAGAAGAAGAGGAAGAAAGGAGGAGGGAGGAAGAGGAACAGAGGAGGCAUGAGGAGGAAGAGCAAAGAAGGCGGGAAGAAGAGGAAGCGGAACAGAGGAGGCAGGAAGAAGAAGAAGAGAAGAGACAACGGGAAGAAGAGGAAGAACAACGAAAGCGUGAAAAAGAAGAGCGUAAGAGAGAAGAAGAUGAAGAAAAAGAACGUGAAGCGCAAGAGAAAGAGCAGAAAAGGCGUGAAGAAGAAGAGAAGCGAAGGGAAGAGGAAGAAGAGAGGCAAAGAGAAGAGGAAGAACAGAGAAGGCAAGAAGAAGAAGAAAGGCAAAGAGAAGAGGAAGAACAGAGGCAAAGAGAAGAGGAAGAACAAAGAAGGCAAGAAGAAGAAGAAAGGCAAAGAGAAGAGGAAAAAGAGAGGCAAAGAGAAGAGGAAGAACAGAGGAGGAGAGAAAAGGAAGAAAAAAGAAGGCAAAGAGAAGAGGAGGAACAGAGAAGGCAAGAGGAAAAAGAGAGGCAAAGAGAAGAGGAAAGACAGAGAAGGCAAGAGGAAGAAGAAAGGCAAAGAGAAGAAGAAGAGGAAAUAGAGCAGGAGGAACAACAACGAAGGCAAGAAGAAGAACGGAGAAGACAAGAAGAAGAAGAAAAGAGAAGACGGGAGGAAUCAGAAACAGAGGAAGAGACGGAGCAGGAAAUAGCAAGAAGAGAGGAAGAAGAAAGAAGGGAACAGGAAAGACAAGCGGAAGAAGCAGCAAGGGAACGGAGGGAGAGAGAAGAAAGUAGGCAAGAGGAAGAAGAGGAACAGGAACAACAGCGGAGGCAAGAGGCAGCCAGACCAGAAGAAGAGCGGAGAAGACGGGAGGAAUCAGAAAUAGAAGAAGAGACGGAGCAAGAAAUAGCGAGAAGAGAGGAAGAAGAAAGAAGGGGAUGGGAAAGGCGAGCGGAAGAAGCAGCAAGGAUGAGGAGAGAGGGAGAAGGAAGUGGUGGUGGAAGCAGAGGAGAAGGAAGAAGGAGAUUUCUCAGGCUUACAACAUAAGUGUAAGAAGUUGCUGGUAGCUUCAGUACCUAAAUAAGCUUUGGCAUUAUCGUUCAGUGAAUUGCAAUUCCCUUUUUUGUUUUUGUUUUUGACUAUGUAAGCAGUUGCAUCUUUUAGUUUAUCUUAUUGUAUGUAUGCUUGAAAAAUUAAACCUUUUGCAUCCCACAUUUGGUUAAAAAAAUAAAUUACAAACUGCUUUUGUUA